UAGCAAGCGUCUUUCUGAAGCUCUGGAUCACACCAUGAAGAUCUACUCAUGCUCUGCGCUAACACAAGUGCUUAACUUAGGGUCUGCACACCACUGAAGAAUCAGCUGGUCAAAGCCAAAAUCCUUGAAGAGAGAAUGUGCUCCACUAAAUGGCUGUGAAUUGUGUGGAAGAAUGAACUGUCAGACCAGCACAGAAGUGCCCAGUCUGACCUCACUGAAGUCUGGAGAAUGGAGAUCUCUGAGGUGGUGGAAGGAAAUUGGUGAAAAUGCAGGUGAUGCAAGCCUGAGCUGAUUCUGGUAUCACCUUUUGGCCUCCAGUCAUCACAGAGUUGUUGGGCUGCAGUGUUACUGAAACCUGCAGGCCAAUGGAUGACCAGGACAAUGAUUUUAAGGAGUUGUGGGCAAAUAUUUUGGGUAGAGGGAGGAAAAAAGCUGGGGAUGCUGAAGCAGCAAAGAAGGCUCAGAACAGGUCAAAAAGCACUUCAGCAAGAAGCAAAUUAAAAAGAGGCAAAGCUGCUGCCAAGAGCCAAACCCAUUCUUACUUACCAGCAGUGAAGGAAACAAACUUACCUCAAGAUCUGAGUCAAAAGGAGCAAACAUUGGUGCACAAAGAAGGUGGUGAUGCUGUGGCCUACGGUAGUGAGGCUGCACAAGCAGAUGGAAGGAGAAGCCCUUUCCCUGCCAGCCAGCUGAGUUCAGGAGCCAGUGAGUGCAGCCAGAGGACUCUGACAGUAAAUACUUCAAGGGGCUCUUCCCAAACGACCUUGUCCUUCCAUCCUGCUACACACCCAGGGACCUGCUCUUCACCCACCUCAAAGACACCACCACUUGCUGGGUCAAAACUGCGGGUAGCAGAGCUGGUGGUGGAGAGAAUGCAGCAGUUCAAGAGAGUGGCACCUGAGCAGCUAAAACAUGGCACAGAGGAGAGUUUGCCAAAGCCUGUAGCCAGCAGGGAUUUCCCUGAUGAAAGCCAGGAGCAGAACACAGCAGGGAGAGGUAUGUGUCUCCUGUUAGCUAUGGUAUGUGCAAAGAGUGCUGUGGGCUGUUGA